AUGCACGCAAUCAGUGUACGCACGGAACAGCUGGUGACGAUGAAUGGGGGGGCGGGGGUAGCAGAGCGGCCCCAGCGCAAGAAAAAAAACGAUUUUUUGUCGCUUCGAGAAAUGAAGCUUGCAAUACUGAAGCUCAAGCUAAAGGAUGUCCUGAAGUCACAGCGGUACUGUUUCCCUCCCUCCAGCACUGCUGUCCCUUUACGGCUGUUCACAGCCACUCUUGUCUCUGAAAACGCAGUCCCAAUAGACUUGAUUUUGUUAUCUUCUCAAUCUUUGUAUCCGCGUAGGCGACUAAAUGGCAGAAACAAAGCUAGAUCCCAUAAGAAGAGUAAUUCACUGCAACUCCACCGAGAACAGUUUUUGGCCUUCUCUCGCGUCCACUGCUUUGUUUUAUAUGAGCAGUCGGCCUCUACCAUCUCUUUCUGGAUUGUCUUGCCAAAACCACACAAAUAG